AUUCCACGCCGAGGAAAGUCGUGUGAAGCUAACGCCAUCUCUCUCUCUCUCUCUCUCUCUCUCUCUCUCUCGCUCUCUCCUUUUCUAUCUCUCCUUCCUCUUCCUUUCCUGCUCUGUUUCAGUUGCAAAAAUAUAUUAAUCAAAGUAAAGGAGCACUGUCCAAUCGUUUCUGAUUAUAAAAUUUUAUUAGAAUCAAAUUGUAGCUAGAGAGAUCAAAAAUCCAAAUUCCAAGACCAAAGUCAGAAACCUGCAAAUUUCAGAAUCAGAAGGCGGCGCCACGCAAUGGGUCAAGUCUUUCGUAAGCUCUUCGAUACCUUCUUUGGCAACACCGAGAUGCGGGUUGUGAUGCUAGGGCUGGAUGCAGCUGGUAAAACAACCAUACUUUACAAGCUACAUAUUGGUGAAGUUUUAUCUACUGUCCCAACAAUUGGGUUCAAUGUGGAGAAAGUUCAGUAUAAGAAUGUGAUGUUCACUGUUUGGGAUGUUGGUGGACAAGAGAAAUUAAGGCCACUCUGGAGGCAUUAUUUUAAUAAUACAGAUGGACUGAUCUACGUUGUUGAUUCCUUGGACCGUGAGAGAAUUGGAAAAGCAAAAGCAGAGUUUCAGGUUGUAUAUUCAGCAAGGCCAUCAUCAAAGAUCCAUUUAUGCUCAACAGUGUCAUCCUGGUAUUUGCCAACAAACAGGACAUGGUAUGUUAUUGGCUUCUUUGCACAUGCAUUAUAAAAUUCACUAAACAAGCAGACUUCUUAAACAAUACCACUAAAAUGUUUAU